AUGUUCUUCCAAAGCGCCCACGAGGAGAAGGACAAAGAGGCCUUGCUCCAUUUCAUCCGGCAUAACCCACUCGGGGUCUUGAUCACCGGCAUGAACUCCUCCCAGCAAGACUUCCUACAGUGCACCCAUGCCCCAUUCGUGGUGGAUUUCCCCGAGGAAACAGGCAAGACAGACGCCUAUCUCCGCGCCCACAUCGCCAAGCAGAAUCCACAAGUCAAGUCAAUGAUGGAGGCCGUGGAUGACAAGCCACCGAACGUUCUCGAACUCGACGACGACGUCCUAGUGCUCUUCAAUGGCAAAUACGAGCACUACGUGACUCCGAAAUUCUACGUCGAGACAAAGCCAGAUACCGGGAGGGUUGUGCCUACAUGGAAUUACUCCGCCGUCCAGGCGUACGGCAAGAUGUCGCUAUACUAUGAUUCCAAAACACCCGAGACUGGCGCAUUUCUCGCCAAGCAGCUGCAUGAUCUGUCGCAGCAUUCGGAGAGGUCGAUGGGGUAUACUGGUGGUGAUAAACCGGAGCCGUGGGAGGUAUCUGAUGCGCCUACGUCGUACACUGAUCUCCUGAAGAAAAACAUUGUUGGAAUUGAGAUUCGGAUCACCAAGCUUCAGGGGAAGUUCAAGAUGAGCCAGGAAAUGCGUCCUGGGGAUCGUGAGGGUGUGAUUCAGGGAUUCGCGAAGUUGGGGGAUGAUGCCAGCGUUGCGAUUUCGAAUCUAGUGAAAGAGCGAGGUGAAUUGCAUGAUGCAAAGAAGUAA